UCGUGCGUUUUGGUGCGGUGAUGUCCUGAGGAGCGCGCGGCUUCACGGUGCGUAAAAACACUUCCAGCACAAAAUGUGUGGAUUGGCGCUUCUUUGCGUUUACACACGGGCUGCUCCUGAUCCUCCUGGAGAGGAAUCCGUUCCUGUAACAGGACACUAAGCUAUUUUUAAACGUCCAACUCACUGAUGCCCGGAAAGAUGGACACUCUGUACAACGGCACCGAUUUUAACGGCACUAACGGGACAAAUGUGUGCGUUAACUGCAGCGACGGCUUCAACCAGUUCAUCCAGCCGGUGUGGCGGAUCACACUCUGGGCUGUCGCCUAUUGCAGCAUCGUGGCGGUGUCUGUGGUUGGGAACAUGGUGGUUAUCUGGAUCAUUCUGGCGCAUAAACGCAUGAGGACCGUCACCAAUUACUUUCUGGUGAACCUGGCCUUUGCAGAGGCGGCCAUGUCAGCGUUCAACACAGUGAUCAACUUCGCCUACGCUGUUCACAACGAGUGGUACUUUGGUUUGGUUUACUGCCGCUUCCACAACUUCUUCCCCAUCGCGGCCAUUUUUGCCAGCAUUUACUCCAUGACGGCCAUCGCUCUGGACAGAUACAUGGCGAUCAUCCACCCCCUGCAGCAGAGGCUGACGUCUACAGAGACCCGCGUGGUGAUCACUGUGAUCUGGGUGCUGGCUCUGCUUCUGGCCUUCCCUCAGUACUACUUCUCAUCCACCGCGCUGCUGCCUGGACGCACAGUCUGCUACAUUGACUGGCCUGAGUACACCUCUGUGGACUUCAAGAAGAUAUACUACGUGUGUGUGACACUGCUGAUCUACUUCUUGCCCCUCUGCAUUAUGGGAUGUGCGUACACGAUCGUGGGUGUCACCCUCUGGGCGAGUGAGAUUCCCGGAGACUCUUCGGAGCACUACAAAGAGCAGCUGACUGCCAAACGCAAGGUGGUGAAGAUGAUGAUCGUGGUUGUGUGUACGUUCGCUGUCUGCUGGCUGCCCUAUCACAUCUACUUCCUACUGCACCAGUUCUUCCCCGAUUUAUUCGAAGAGCGCUACAUCCAGCAGGUGUACCUGGCCAUCAUGUGGCUGGCCAUGAGCUCCACCAUGUACAACCCGAUCAUCUACUACUGCCUCAACAGCAGGUUCAGAGCAGGUUUCCAGCAGGUGUUUUGUUGCUGUGCUCCAACCGUCGGCAAGGAGGAGCUGGAGCUCAAGUCACCGCGUUACCUGCAAACACAGGUGAGCAUAUAUCGAGCCAGUCGCAAUGAGACGGUUGUGUCCACCACCGUCAACCCUGCAGCAACGGAGCAAAAGACAGCAGAGCUGCCGUCCGGCCCCCCUCACAGCCCGCCUCACGCAGAGGUCACAUCUAACGGCUCGGGCUCAGAGACAUUUACCAAGAGCCCCAACAGCCCCUCCCAGUAGAGGAAACACCAUCAGAUGGUGUGGGAACAAAGUGUGGAUGUGUUCAGCUGUCACUGUUCUGAGGAGGCAGUCGAGUUCGGACACCGCCGUACUAGUCAGGUGCAUUAUUUAGCUCUGGUGUUUUGUUCUAACCAGUGAGACAAGUGCAUUAAUACCACACAGAGGCCUACAGCUGAUCAUCAGUGGGUGGGAACUCAUCAGAGUGAAAACAAGUGUUAGUGUGUCAUAAAAUACAAUACAAAAAAGAAACCAGUGUCAACUUGGGGCUCAAUGUCACAUGUCAGUGGAGGUCAAAUUAUACAAUAUUUCACACACAAAAACAGUCCAAACAAGUUACACAUAUUUUGUCACCAGAGAGGUGUCUUCACAUUCCUCUACUAAAGGGAGAGAUGUCUGUGCACUUCCCUAAAAUCGGCGUACGCCAGGCAGCUAAAUUAGAUAUGUCACUAAUGCAAAAGCCAAUCGCUGUCUAAUCCAGGGCACACACAUCGACAGGGGAACAGACUUCGACCAAACACUUUCAAAGAAACCCGAAACCUUCAGCACGAAGCAGAUUGUCACUACAGAGAGCAGUUAACAUUAGCACAGUGAGUGUAUGGAGGUAAAUGGACCGAUGUGAACACACUGUCACACUGUAGCAGACAUUAUGGUGUGUUUCACAGCCACUAACAUUGUGUCAGCCACUGCUAAUUACAAGCUAACAAACAACAUGAAUAAAAGACGCUCACUACACCAACCAUUCUGAUACGUCUGCUAGUCUGGGUCUGACUGAGGCUCAGACAUGUAUGGCCGAAUCUCUGUACAGUUUCCCCUAAUGCUAACCAUCUUAAUGCGCACUGAUUUGUCACUCUUUCAUCGGUCAACGUAGCGUGAGUAACGCUGGAGAAACAGGAAAGCAAAACCCACCUCAAGCAUUGGUGGUGGACAGGUGAGAGGCCAGAUCUAGAAUUUCUCAGAGAGAAAGGAAGGCUAGAUCUGCUUCUAAACUCUUUUCAGAGGUUUUUUUACUGUUAUGACGGAAAACAGUGUUAAACAAAGUGCUAUACUUUAGAAUAUGUCUGGUGAGGGGCUAUGAGUACACUUGCAUCUAUUUACAUUGUACAGUUGCCAGCAGCUUAUUCGCUUAGCCCCUCCUUGCCAAGAAUUCGGUCGCUCCGUGAGACAAGAAUUUGCUACCUAAUAUCAGCCACCCCGCUGUCCCUAUGCCUUCCUCCCUACUGAGCUGCUUCCCUGGACAGAGAGUGACCACAAACUUCAAAGUCCCACCUUUGGUCGUUGGCUAUAGCAGCUUGAAUAGAGUGCCCCACUUAAGAGUCCUAAAACCUGGAAAUGAGUUAGCACUCCCGGUUCCCUUGUCUCAAAGUCAAAAGGUUGGUUUACACAAGCUUAAGAGACUCACGUUUUGCUCUACAACAUAAAAUACAUCAGUAAAUACCCCACUCUUGAACUUUGAGGCUUCUACAUGACUUACAAAAAAGCGGGUUCUAACGAAUUGUUAAAUGAGACUACAGAACGUCAUCGCGCAGAAAACGGCUUCACAGUCUUGUUAUGGCGGUGACGUUAAUCAUAAACAUCUGUUUGCCACGGAGCUUAUUUUCUGCAGCAUUCCCAAAAUCCGAUGGGCUUUUUGACGAGGGAACCAGUGCGAUGCUAACUUACGUGUCAGCACAGAAAAAUGUCAUCCCUGGGGCACGUCAUUUGACCUGCACAAACCCUCCAACGCUGGGUGUCACAGCAGUGCUGGGUCUAACUUGUGUAACAGCAGCAACAGAAAGUUUGCUGAUCCAGCGAACAGUCUGGACUGUCCAGUCCACCAGAGCUGGGGUUUGUGCUGGCUAGAUUCCGGUUGCUUCGGCCACUAACUAGGGGUCUGUCUCCGGAGCUGCUGCCCACUCACCUCCCAGUGAGGUGGUCUGUAGUGGCGGGGGGUGAGGCGGAGGACACACUGUGAUUCGAGGCGCUCGCUAACAUUAGCUACAUAAACGUUUAUCUCCAUCUCUGAAACACAUUGCUGAUAUUCAGACUCUAUUUUAGAUUUUUAUUUUGAUGAGUCCGUCUUGCGUUUUUGGGUUGCUUUGCAGUGUAGACAGUUGUUGCCAACGCUGGAGUCGUAACUCUCUCAGUGGGAUUCUCCACCAUUGAGUCAGGCUGUCACUGACGGGACGUGCACACACAUCUGCCUUUGUAGAACAGCCAAUAGGAACACACUCUCUCUGAAAUGACCUGUGAUUGACUGAAGUCUCCCACCACAGGAUAGAUUUUCUAAAGCCUGAAAACAGAGCCAAGAGGAGGUGCAGAAGUCUAGUUUUCACUCAGGCCACUAUAACUACAAUAUGCUCAAAGUUUAUUUUGGGAUAUUUGUGCAGUAAUGCCAAAAUGAAACUUCCUACCCCGGCUUUAAGCAAAGGUUUUGAGUUCUUCUUCCACCACUGGUGACAACACACAGCUGUGCACAAACUGUUGGACACCACGGACAUGAUAUACUGAUAGCAACACAUCAGUCUACUUCACACUGGUCCAUUUCAUCAUUCAGCAUGUGUCCUGCUCUGACACUUGACCCCCAGCAUUCUCGGGCUGGUUUUGGAAAGCGUGACCCUCUGCUUCCCCUUGGCAACAGUGUCACGACAAGUUGGUGACGCAGUGUUUGUGUUGUGUGGAAACAGGGGGACAGAUUCUCUUGUGUGUGAGUGUGUCUCUAGCACCUGUUGGGCAGGAUUAGCCCCUUGUUUUGACAAUGCGUUGAGCAGAGUUCAGUCUGCAGCAGCCAGGUCACAGGCCAGCCAAAUAUAGAAGAUGGGACAGGGAGGCGCAUGUACUGUAGAGGAGCCGAUGAAGUCCUAGAGGAAAGAAAAGAAGGUUCACCACCCUCAUGCAUCUGUUUACAAGCUUCGGACUGGGUGAACUGGGACGUCACUGGUGAGGAAUGAUGCUAUUUCAGCCUCGCAGACAACAGCUGCACAAAUAUAAUGUACACAUACUGCUCUGGUUUACCUGUGUAACCGCUCUGUUAACUGUGAUGUGAGUGCUUGAUGUUGAGCAUACAGAAUGCAUUAGGACCAAAUAUUUUCAUGUCUUGACAUGCUGUCAUUCACUGGUUCAGUAUAAUUACAGGAGGUGCCCUUGGUGUUACCGACCCACCUGCUGUAUGUGCUGUAUGUGCCCAUGCUAUGGCCUUUAUGUAUUUCAGCAACAAGAACAGGCUGUUAUUUGGCUGAAAUAACCCUCUGACAGUGUCUUUAAUGGGUUAGUUCAGAUAUUUGAAGUGAGGUUGUCUGAGGUACUGAUCCAUAAACAGUUUAGUACCUACAGUAGAUAUCAGUUGACACGCCCCCACUUUGCAGAAGCAGGCUGGAAUCCGACAUGGAAGCUAAGCAAUCUACUGCUAAAUGUAUUUUAACCACGAAAAAGAGAACAGUGUUUAAAGUGUAAGCUUCAUUAAAAUAAUUUUAUUGCUUUCUCUUAAUGUCAGACAGUGAUUUCCAACAGGAAAAGGAAGCUGUUACAUCGCUUUCUUCAAAGCCAGACUCCACUGAGGAAAUCAGUGAUUUAAGAUUGCUUAAAACAGGAGCUGCUGGUCUACUGCUGCCUUCUUUAGUUAGUUUGUUUGUGUGAUUGUGUGAUUUUGGCAUUUAAAAGAGUUGGUUCAGAUUCACCAAAGUCGCACAAUGACACAAACUAACUAACUGAUCGGGGCAGUGAUAGAUCAGCAGCUCCUGUGUUCAGCAAUGUUAAAACACUGAUUUUCUCAAUGGAGUUUGGUGGCUUUGAUUACUCAAUCAAUCAAACUUGAUUUAUAAAGCAUUUUUCAUAGAAACAGAAUACACACACACACACACACACACACACACACACACACACACACACAAAGUAAAGACUAAUGGUAAAGACUAAAAUUAUAACAGCACUCAUAAAAAAAUGGGAACUAAGGAAACACCUGAGGCAGGAUAAAAACUCAAAAUAGAAAACAAUUUUAAAUGAGUCAAUAAAUAAGUAACAAAACAGAUGACUAUACCAGCUAUAAAAACAAAUUAAUAAUAGAUAAAAUAAAUAAAAAAGGCAUAAAGUUCAAAUACAAGCCAGGCUUUGCUGUUCAUCAACACUCUAUGCGGCCCUCAGGUCUUCAGACAGAUGUGAACCAUACUUAUGAAAUCACUGUGGGUUUUUGCUCUAACUUUGGGGAUGAUUCAAAGGCCACUGCCAGAAGGCUUGACGGCUCAUACCAUAAAAGCAAAUCUGAUGAAUAGGUAGUACAAAGACCAUUAAGAGCUUUAUAAACCAAUGAAAGGAUCUUAAAAUGAUUAAAACGGGCGGCCUGACGGAAAGGUAAAGCAAUAAAACACUCUCAAUAUAAGAACAACCUCCAGCUCACCUGGUAGAGUGUGCACCCCAUAUAGGCUGAGUCCUUUGCAGCGAGCCGGGCUUGAUUUGAUUGUUGAUCUGUUUUGUACACACAACAUCCACAUUGCACGUCUGUAAAAUUUAAAUUGAAAAUUGAAAUCCAACUUAUGGCCCUUUGCUGCAUAUCAUCCUCCCUGUCUUUCCCCCUUCCUGUCACUCUGCAACUGCACUAAUAAGUGCAAUAAAAGCCCCCAAAUUAAUCUAUAAAAGGAAAUACUCUCAAUAUACACUGAAACUAGUGAAGGUUUUUGUAGAUGGGACUUUUUUUAAGGUGGCUAAUAUAUGUUUUGUUGCAGAUUCCCAUCUACAGCAGUACAUUGCUUAGCUUCCAUGUUGGACUCCAGCCUGCUUCUCUAAAGUGGGGGCAUGCGGACUAACAUGUACUGUAUGUAAUGCACUGUCUACGAAUCAGUACCUCACACAGCUCCACUUCAAACAAAUCCAAACUAUCCCUUUGAUAAAGUGUUUAAGAAGCACAAGAAGUCAUAAAAUAUUCAAUCAUCCAAUGUCCAUGUAUUUAUGUACACAAACAAAUGACUAUAUCAGUGUUGCUGUGUUGUUAUGACUCUUUAUAUACUGUAACUUGAAGAUGUAUUCUGUGAGUGUGACAUUACUGUGUGUAAAUUAAAACUAUGAGUGCUGAGUUUGUGAUAAAAAUCAGCAUCAGCUGAUGGUUAAGAACAGUGAUAUGUAGAGAGGAGAAACAGUGCCCUAAUAACACUGAGAGAAACAUAAAUGACCAUAAAGAAAGAAAGAAAAUACACUCCUUCGUUUUAACUCACCAGUGGAUAAAAGGUUGAAUAUUCAGUUUUCAACACAAGAAAGGAAAUUUUGUUUUCUGUAAAAGUAAAGAAACCAGAGGGCUUACUGAAUAAAACAACACAAUGAUGUAAAUAAAUGCCCCGAAAGAGUGUGAUAUUUUCUUAAAUACCGGUAUGCUCAGUUAAUCAAUUGCAAUGUCCAUCAUAUUGAUUAAUUAUUACUGUUAUUGUUUUUUACAAAAGCUGAAUAUUACCAUGUAAUACAGGGUGUUCUUUUGUCAGUAUAAUAAAUGUAAUGAU